UUAUUUUUUUUAUUUUAUUUUAAUAAUUUAUGCAUUAUUUUCAUAAAAAAAAUAAACAAGAAAUACAAUUAAAACUACACAUUUUGCUUAGCAUAAUAAUAGAAACAUUACACAAACAAGAUCUUUGAAAACAAGAAUUUUAACAUUUAACUUAAUACCGUAUUCCCUUACAUGACACAUUUCUCAAUAAACCCAGUCUCUGUAAAUACUCUAGUAUUUAUAUAUUUCCAUUAACUUAACAUAAUGUAUUUCCAUUAACUUAAUAUGAUUUCCAGUUUCAAUUCUGAAAAUUUUAUAAAUUAUUAUUCAAAACAAUACGGAAAGAAAUAUAGCCUCAAAAUUUAAUUUGCUCUGUAUUAUAGAAAAUAUAUGCAACAACUUUCUUAAGAGAGAUGACUGACUGCCCACGAGAUUGUCUCUGUCCUGGAGGGCCCCCUGGUGGUCUAGUGCAGAACUGUGAGAAAGGAAGAAUCAAUACACCCCUGCCGCAAGUAGCUACGGAUAGGUCUGUAACAUAGCGGGAAAGCAAAGCAUUCUGAACACACCGCGAUUUCCGCGUUUCGGAAUCUAUUACGUUUCUGUGAUUUAAGCGGGAAGCGCUCAAAGGCGCCUCCGUCAGAANAAAAAAAAAAAAAAAAAAAAAAAAAAAAAAAAAAAAAAAAAAUUAAUACACAAUUUUAUUUAUUCCAAAUUUUCAUAAUUUAUUUUUGUGAAGAUUUUCCCUUGUUGUGAUUGGUGAUUUUCGAAAUGCUUGAUAAAUUUUCAUUCCUGACUGACGCCAUUAUAAAACAGCUAUACUCACGUAAAAUAAUUUACAUUUUCUGCGUUAAGGUUCCUUACUUUUGGUGGAUAAGUUUCCAAUGAUAUUGAUUAAAGUAUAAGAUAUUUUGAAAAUUUGUUCGAGGAUAUUUAAAGUUCAAGAUAGUAAAAUGUGUUUUUCAUUUUAAGGAUUUUUUUUUAAAUAAAGGAUUAAAUAAAUUGCCAAGUAUUCAACUGUGGAAUUAAAGUUUGGAAUUUUUUUAUAACGUUGUGAAUUGUGAUGGAAAAGAAAAAUAUAGUGUGUUUGUGUUAUUUAUUAUGUAAUUUUUGGAUUUUCGUGGGCUUAACUGCAAGGGCUCCGGCUCCAGCCACAAACGAACAACCAUGGGCUACAAUUUUGUACACAGCCGUAGUUCGAGGCAAAGUCGCCUUACCAUGUGACAUAUCGCCUCCUUCAGCUGAUGAUUCGGUGGUCCUAAUAUUGUGGUAUAAAGGAGAAGACCCUGCGCCAAUUUAUACAUUAGAUGCCAGACGUGGCACUGUAGAACAAGCCCGACAAUCUGCCAGCACUCAUCUGGAAAAUAGAGCCUAUUUCAACAUGAUUAACCGGCCUGCUUUUCUACAGCUUGAUCCUGUACAGGAAGAUGACGCGGGGGAGUAUAGGUGCAGGGUGGACUUCCGAAAAGCAAGGACUGUGAACACAGUAAUCACUCUAAAAGUAAUUGUUCCUCCUGGAGAGCCAGCAAUCUUAGAUGAAGAAGGUGUCCAGGUUAAAGGAAUGAUUGGUCCGUAUAAUGAAGGAGAUUCCUUGCUCAUAAUAUGUGAAUCCAUAGGGGGUAAACCAAGACCAUCCGUGACGUGGUGGCGAGAAUACUCACUGUUAGAUGAUACUUAUUCUUUUAUCCCAGGCGAUAAUCUUGUUAGAAAUGAACUGAAAAUAUCGGAACUAAAACGACAUGAUUUACUCGCUGUUCUUACGUGCCAAGCAUCCAAUAACAAUAUCACUGUCCCAGCUUCAACAGCCAUAACACUGGACUUAAAUCUGAAACCAGUAGAUGUGCGAAUAGAUCCAAAUCGGCAACCUCUCAGCUCAGGCCAAGAAUAUGAAUUUACUUGCAUAGCUGCAGGAUCAAGGCCACCCGCGAUAAUAACAUGGUGGAAAAGCAACAAGCAACUAAAGAAUCCAGACGACAAAUCAACACAAGCUGGUGAUGUAACGACGAGUAUCUUCAGGUUUACUCCAACAGUACAAGAUAAUAAUGUACACUUCUCCUGUAGAGCUCAUAAUCCGGUGAUCCCAGGAAGUGCUGAGUCUGAUGGAUGGACUUUAGAGAUACAUUAUGUUCCUCAUGUGUCCUUACAACUUGGAAGCACCUUCAAAAAAGGUGAAAUUCAGGAAGGGAACGACGUGUAUUUUGAGUGCAAUAUACACGCCAAUCCAUGGAUAACGGAGGUUAGCUGGUACUUUAAAGGACAAGAGCUCAGAACAAAUACUUCUGCUGGAAUCGUCAUUAGUAAUCAGUCCCUUGUACUUCAGAAAGUUCAAAGGACUAAUCGUGGACUUUACUAUUGCAUGGCGACCAAUACAGAAGGUACUGGAAGGAGCAACGAGGUAUUCCUGAGGAUUCGAUAUGCACCCGAAUGCAAACCUAAUCAGAAGAAAAUAUAUGGCGUUGCGCUCUUUGAGACUGUUGGAGUGACUUGUGAACUUGACGCUGAUCCUGAGAAUAUAACAUUCAGAUGGAGGUUUAACAGUUCUGGAAAGAGUUUGGAUCUCGGAAAUUUUAAAACUUUUGGAUCAAAAAGUACGGUAUCUUACAGACCUCAUACAGAUGAUGAUUAUGGAUCUAUUGUAUGCUGGGGAAGUAACGAUGUUGGACGUCAACGUGAGCCUUGUGUGUUUACAAUCAUUCCGGCUGGGCCACCAGAGCCUCUUCAGAAUUGCACAGUUGUAAAUUACACUGAGGACUCUUUGCAAGUAGAGUGCAUUGAAGGAUAUAAUGGGGGUCUGAUGCAAGUAUUUCAGUUAGAAGUAUAUGAUGAUACCGGAAGAAAACUACAUGGCAAUUUUACAUCAUUGCAGCCUCAGUUUUAUGUGUCUGGUUUACCCAGUGGCAAACUAUUACGAUUAGUAGUGUUUGCAAAAAAUAAUAAAGGAAAAAGUUCUCCGAUCGUAAUGGCGGCGAAUACUCUACAAAAACCAGAAAAACUGACAGGUAUGCAAGGGAUGAUAAUUUUUCGACCUGUUUUGGGGUUACUCAUAGGAAUUAUUAUAGCUUUGAUACUAGUUGCAGUAGUAAUAAUUAUCUACUUACGAGUAAAGAAGCAAAGAAAAGACAAAGUAACAAAAAGAACUCCUGAAAAUCCAGACAAGUGCCAAACUCCUCUGAAAAAGGAUACAGAUGAUAUAGCUGACAGUGAAGAAAAAGGUCCAGACAUUAUUCCAGCAAAUAUAAACACGCGGCAGCAUUUUAUUGUAAAUGAAGAUCCAAAGGACCAAGUGUCACCCGCAAAAGCAGCUGGUACUGUGUGUCACUGGGGAUCUCCACCAAGAAACCCUUGCCUUGAAAGCAUGUCAGUUCAACAAUGCGCAGCUUUUAGAAGGCAAGAAGAUGUAACUUACGCAGAAUUGGCUUUACCCUUGGACCAACAGACUGCCGCCACGAUGACAGUUCGAAGAAAAGAUCCACCCACUGAGUACGCGAAGCUGGAUCUUCAGCGACACAUACACCCCUCUAAGUGUGGUGCUUCUGAAGAAGAUGAAGAAAUCAGUUGCACCUCUUGUGACACUCCCCUAAUGAAGAACAAGAGGGAAAGUGCUGUCUGAAAGCUGGAGAACUACUUACAAAUACCGAAUCUAUCAAAAAUUAAGUAAAUUUUCUCUGCAAGGUGGUUCGAAAAACAGCCCUUGCAAAGUGCAAGCCAACGUAAAACAUGAAGUGCCGAAUUUAGAUAUUUGUCUCCUUGCAAAAGGUCCUUCUCAAAUAAAAAUCUGAGCUUCUGUGGACCUUUAAAUCCUUUGGUCAACAACAGACAUACAAUCGUGGCACCAAUCCGCCUUGUUAAGAAGUCCUCGACUGUGUCUGAUUGCAGAUAAGACCGAAUAAGUCAAAAGCUGCAAACUUCGGCUAUUUAGUGUCGAGGAGCUUUAGAAUCUGAAGUUGAAAGGUGAAAGAGCUUUUUAAUCAUCAUGUUUGAUGCAUAUCUGUGAGUUGUUUCAGAUUAGAUCGACUUUUUUUAAGGUUAAGGUUUCCGGAUAAAGAUUUUUUUUAAGACUCAAACAUUCCUGACAAAAUGGUACAUUACGUUCCAGUUUCAUUAAUAUUUUCAACUCCUCUCCAGAAUUUUUGUUUUUCUUGAGUGGUUGAUUAACCAAAAUGCACCACAUUGAUUAUUUUAAAAAUUUUAAGAUAUUAUUUUUUCUUGAUGAUACAUCAGAUUCAGUGACUUCAUAAUCAGUGAUAUGAGUUCUUUCUAAAUGAAAGAAACUGGAAAUUCCUGACACUAUUUAUUUAUAAAAGUGGUGUAUUUUUAUAGAAGCUAUGGUAAUGAGCUCAGCCAAAACCUCUCAAAGUGUACCAGUUAUACCGGCUGAUACACGUUACCAGAUCUCACUGGGGAUGAAGAAACAACCCGGUGGAUUUUUUAUAUUAAAUCUUCAUUCUCAUUUUCUUUCCUUAUCUUUAAAGUCAAAUUCUAUGUGUUUUUUGCGCUGGAUUUUUGUAAAGCAAACAUCUUUCUAUAACAAACUAGCAAAAUGUGUUGCAGCAGCUUAUUUUGCGAGCACAUGCAUUAAAUGAAAGCACACUUUGAGUUUGUUUUAAACAUUUAAUUUUCGUUAUUUCAAUCUAGUCGUCGUGGAGCAUGUUGUUAAAGUAUGCCUCCUUGUACUUACAGAAAAAAAACAAAGAAUUUUCUUGUAUAAAUAUGUGUAAAUUCGAAAAUCCUGUGAUUCUAGUUAAAUUAAAUAAUUGAGAUUUAUAAAUACGAAUUCACUCGAGUCUUUUCACAAUGACUGAGAUGCAAAGUACGAGAGUCAGUAAGUCUACAAGUAAUAUUAGAGAGUUUUUUUUUCUCACAUUAUUGAAUAAUUUUGUUAAAAAAAAAUUUGAAAAUAUGUAAAUAAGAUGAUUUGUAAAAACCAUUCCAAACACUACAAUUGUUGAGUAUGACAAUCGAUGAAGCACAUUAGGUAUAUUCUCUUUCUUUUGUUUCAGAUAUUUAAUUUUAUUUCAAUAUCUGAUUUUUUUUACACAGUAUAAGUCAUUUCUUUUCACAAUGUGAAAGUUAAAAAUUGAUUGCGAGAUCUAUAAAUUGUAGCAUGUAAGAACGACAGAGGCUCAAAUGACUAUGUUCAUAAGAAUAUUGUUGAUGUCCUAUUGUGAAUCUAACACGUUUUUUAAAUAAAUAGAAAAAUAAAAAAAUGAAUAUUCCGUU